AAACGACGGUCCUCCAUAUUUGCUGCGUCCUCUUUAAUAAGAGUGUUUCUAGUGUGAAUUUUGUAAAUAAAGGGAAAAAAUAAACCUUUCAAGAUACCGGUGAUGAAAUUAUAGCACUGACAGAGAGUUAACGUUAAUUUAUCGGUAAUUAUUUAGUAAAUACCUACCUGAAAAUGUCCGACGAAGAAACUGUUACAAGCGUGCGAAGAACACGUUCAAGGAGAAGCGUCAAAACUCCGGCAAAAGCAGCAAAAACACCCACAACGAGGAGAACAAGAAAAAAAGUUAUUGAAGUUGAAGUGUCCGACGACGAAGCGCAAGAAUCCCAUGAAGAAGAGAAAUUAGAAGAAAUCGCGGGAGAACAAAAAGAAGAGCCCAACAUUGAAGCACUUAAAUGCACAGUUAAAGAAGAGAUGAGUAAAAUUUCUGCACAGAUCAACGAGGAGAAAUUGAUUCAGGAAGAAAAGGAUGAUGAUGAUGAUGAUAAACCGCUUGUGGAAAUUGCACAUCCCGUUGAGAAAGAAAUUCAGGAAAUUCAGGAAGAAAAAGAUGAAGAUGAUGAUGAUAAACCACUUGUAGAAAUUGCACAUCCUGUUGAAAAAUUAGUGCAGAAAGAAAAAGAUGAUGAUGAUAAACCACUUGAAGAAAUUGCACAUCCUGUUGAGACUUCUAAUGGUGAUGAAAAUGAAGUUGGGUUAAACGAUUUGGCAGAAAAAGCUACUCCCAUGGAAGUUGAUUCUGAUGAUGAAGUACCACUGAGUGCAAUAAAAUCUGAAGAUUCUUCUGAAGAAGAAAAAGAACAAGCCAAAGAAGAGACAGAAGAAAAAGUUGAACCAGUAGCAGAAAAAGUUGAAUCAGUAGCAGAAAAAGUUGAAUCAGAAAUAGAAGAAGUUGAAUCAGAAAUAGAAAAGGUUGAAUCAGUAGAAGAAAAAGUCGAAUCAGUACCAGAAAAAGUUGAAACAGUAACAGAAAAAGUUGAACCAGUAACAGCAAAAGUUGAGGAAAUAAUGGAAGAAAGUGUGGAAGAAGAACCUGAAAAAGAGGAAUCAGAUGAAGAAAAAGUCGAUAAAAGUUGCAAAAGCAUGGAAGAUUUGGAAAAGCAAGUGCUAGAAGAAAAGACUGAAGAAGCAAUGGAAACAAAUGAUGAUGCUCCAAAAACCGAUGCCAAACCAGAAUCGGAAAACGGCCUUGACAAUCUAAGCGACGCCGAAAUGCCGGAAAUCGCCGAAGUGACCAAACAAAACGGCGAUCCGGACGCCGAGAACAUUUCGGAGGACGAACUUCCCGAAGUUCCGGUGGCCAAAGUGCCCGAAACGGAGGAGGUGUCCGACGAGGAACUUCCGGGUCCUAAAAGAGCGGAACUUCCGGCCGACACGGAAGUCGUGUCGGAAGACGAGCUUCCGACGGCCUCCACGAAAAAGGAGGGCACCAAACGGAAGUUGGACGAGGGCGACUACGAUCCGGGCUCGCCCACGUCGGAAAACGAGGCCCCUUCGAAGAAGCCCGCGGUGGAGGCGUCGCCGGAGAAGGAGAAGGAGGAGAAGCCGGCCAAGCCGAAAAAAUUGCCGGAGCUGGAUAAAUACUGGAAGGCCGUCAAUGACGAUCCGACCGAUUUCACUGGCUGGACGUAUUUGCUGCAGUAUGUGGAUCAGGAGAAUGACAUGGAAGCUGCUCGAGAAGCAUAUGACGCCUUCUUGUCCCAUUAUCCGUAUUGUUAUGGCUAUUGGCGCAAAUAUGCGGAUUACGAGAAACGCAAGGGCAACAAAAAGAAGUGCGAAGAGGUUUUCGAGCGCGGCCUCAAGUCCAUCCCGCUGUCCGUGGACCUGUGGAUCCACUACCUGACGUACGCUAAGACCGCGAAGGCGGACGACGAGGAGCACGUCCGGUCGCAGUUCGAGCGGGCGCUGACCGCUUGCGGCCUCGAAUUCCGAUCGGACAGGCUGUGGGACUCGUACAUCAAGUGGGAGACGGAGGCCAAACGGCUGCAGCACGUCACCGCCAUCUACGAUCGCCUGCUGGCCACGCCCACCCAAGGCUACACGUCGCACUUCGACAACUUCCAGGAACACAUCGCCAGCAAUUCGCCCAACAAAGUGAUCGAGGUGGACGAGUUUCUGGCGUUGCGCAAAGAAGUGCGUCACAUGUUGAAACACGACAACCCGGAGCCGAACCCGGACUCGGACGCGCCGCCCGGCGACGACGACUCCGCCAAAACGAUCAGUUCCGACGAGGAAACGAAGUCGAUUCGCGAGAGGAUCGUCUCGAUCCGAAGGAAGAUUCACAAAAACACCGUCAGUGCGGUGACGGCCAGGUGGAAUUACGAAGAAGGGAUAAAACGGCCUUACUUCCAUGUCAAACCUUUGGAAAGGUGCCAGCUGAAGAACUGGCAAGAUUACUUGGAUUACGAAAUUGAGCAAGGCGACAAAACAAGAGCCAUAGUUUUGUUCGAGCGUUGCCUUAUAGCUUGCGCUCUGUACGAAGAGUUUUGGCUCAAGUUUGUACAUUAUUUGGAAAGCUUGAAGGACGGCGAGUUGCAGGCAAAAAUUCGCGACGUCUACGAACGCGCUUGUACCAUACAUCAUUUAAAAAAACCCAACUUGCAUUUACAAUGGGCCAUGUUUGAAGAAAGCGUGGCGAAUUACAACAGGUCCGCGGAAAUUUUAGUCAACUUGGAAAAAUCCGUUCCGAACGUGUUGCAAGUUGCCUACAGGCGGAUAAACUUGGAGAGGAGACGAGCCGACCACGAGAAGUGCAUUCAACUCUACGAGCACUACAUAAACAACUCGAAGAACAAGGUGAUCUCGAGCAACAUCUCCAUAAAGUUCUCCAGGUUCUGCUUGAAGGUGCUGAAGGACAUGGAGAAGGCGCAAGAGACGCUCAGGACCGCCAUCGCGAAAGACCAGAACAACCCGCGGCUGUACCUGCAGCUGAUCGACUUGACGCUUCAAAAGGACGACGUGGCGGAAGCGGAGGUGAUCGGGCUGAUCGAUUCGUUUUUGGACAAGGAGAGCACCGACGCGGAUCAGAAGGUGCUGUUCGCGCAGCGGAAGCUCGAGUAUCUGGAGGAUUUCGGCGGGGAGAUUCAGUCGGUGCAGCUGGCCCACGAUCAGUACCAGAAGUUCAUCAAGCUGAGCAAGGAGAACAGCAAGAAGAAGGAAUCCAAAAGUGCUGAUUCCACCGUAUCAACUAAAAAAGAAAAAGGUGCCGCUCAGACUUCCACUACCUCUUCCUACGGCUAUAAUUAUGGCACGUCAUCGGGUACAGCUUCUUAUCCUUAUUCUGGUAGCCAGCAAGGGCAAUACAACUACUCGCAGUACGGACAAGGAGAUCAGUAUCAGUACCAAAACUGGCAGUAUCCGCAAGGUGGAUACGGUAACUACAACCAGUGGGGAUCGUACAGCGGCGGAUACGGAUAUUAGAUCCCCAAACUAUUUUAUCAAUCUAAUUAUUGAUGAACCGUGUUCUAUAUAUAGGCUUUGAGUAUUUGUGCACCACUUAUUCUUUAAUUAGAUGUAAUUUUUAUUGUCUUACGUUUAGAAAUAAAAUGCCAUUAAACGGAA